AUGGAACUGAAAGAAAUCAGGUCGGAGCGCGUCCCUGACGGAACGCAGAUGAAUCACGUGGACUGUGACACUGAGAAAGCUGUGACAGACGUCUAUGUAGAAGACAAGCGCACCCGGCAGUCACUGUUGUCAAACUGCCAACCGAACGGUUUAGAGAAGGCCACUGCCGAGCCCGAGAACGAGGGAAAUGUGACGGACAAAACACCGAAUUGUGUAGCACGGGGAAUCGACAAAGUUUCCCAGUCUGUUAACGCGUUUUACUCGCGUCACAAAAGGACAAUUUCACUGACCGUCCGCUGCGUGUUUGUGGCUCUGUGGGUGGCGUAUUUAGUUUACGCUGCCUAUCUGAACGGCCAGCGGGCCCUGGUGGUCAUAAUUAUCACUGCCAUAGUGUUCUUCUUCGUCAGCUAUGAGUUCUUGCAGCGGCACUACGGUGACGUCAUAUAUGACGUCAUAUGUCGACUGCUGGCUGGAGUCAAGUGUGGUAAAAGGGUGUGGAAAUACACGCACUGGACCUUUUAUGCACUACUGCUGGUGGGAUUAACCGUGUUCUUGGUUUUGGACACGGGACGGAAUCCUGAGAACUUCCGGUCUGCUGGGGGUCUGACGCUCCUAUUACUUUUGACGUUUGUGACGUCAAAGUAUCCCGCAAAGAUUCGCUGGCGUCCCGUGCUAUGGGGCCUAGCGUUCCAGUUUCUGAUGGGGCUUAUGGUGCUGAGGUGGAGCGCGGGGUUUGCGCUGUUUCAGUUCCUCGGUGCUCAGGUCCAGACGUUCGCAGGUUUUGUGGACGCUGGCUCCAAGAUGGUGUUCGGUGAUCCCGGAUACAAGAUGCACCCCGUGGCGUUCCAGAUUUUGCCCAUCAUUAUAUUCUACAGUGCCGUCAUAAAUGUUUUGUAUUACUAUGGCGCCAUCCAGUGGAUGGUCCGCAAGAUGGCGUGGUUGAUGCAGGUCACCAUGAAGAUUACACCGAUAGAGGCGCUGCACACUGCUGCUAGUAUUUUUCUUGGUCAGGUGGAGACUGGUGUGAUGUUCCGACCAUUCUGGCAGAGGCUGACACAGUCCGAGCUCUGUGCGUGUAUGACCGGUGGGUUCACUACCAUUGCCGGUACUGUGAUCGCAGCCUUCAUAGCGUUUGGGGCGUCCCCAGAGCACCUCAUAUCAGCCAGUAUCAUGUCAGCGCCGGCAGCCAUGGCAAUAGCAAAGUUGGGCUUCCCAGAGACAGAGACUUCGCACACCAAGACGGAGGAGGACGUGCAGAUGGCGCCACCGUAUGUUAUAUGA